CGAUAUUACGACAUCCCUAGUCUUAAGUCCGAAGCUGGCUUGGAAAGUGGAUUACCAGCUAUCAGGUCCUGUCCUUAGCUCUUUUCAUUGUUAUAUAUCAAAAGCAAUGAACAAAAAGUUAGAACUGUACACGUCAAAUUCAGCCUAUUGAGUUAUGAACUACAAAUAAAAAACUACAACCAAAACAUCAAACCGAUUCAGAGCGAAAAGCGAAUGUUUCUUGUAAAUUAACUAAAAUCAAUCAUCACACGAAGUAAAAUGGAAUUUUGCCCCACACGAAAGGGGAUACCAAAACAGGAAGAAUCAGAAAACAGUCCUGUAGCCUCUUUCCCGUCAUCCGCACCAACAAUCGAUUCCCCAAUAAAACUCGGAUAUGAGAUUGGUGAUGAGGAAUUCACACAGAAAAAUGAUCUUCAUCUCGAAUACCAGAUUUGUGAUGAGGAAUUCACACAGGAAGGUGAUCUUAAACUAGAAUAUCAGAUUAGUGAUGAGGAAUUUCCACAGAAAAGUGAUCUUCAUGAAGACGUCUUCGUACCUAAAAAGAAACAGGGUCAUAGUUGCGAAGUUUGCGGGAAACAAUUUUCAAUGAAAACCCUGAACAAGCAUAUGAUCGUUCAUACUGAAGACCAACAAUUUAAGUGUAAUGUGUGUGGCAAAGAAUUCCUGUAUUAUCAGCAAUUAAAGGAUCACGCAAAUAUUCACACUGGUGAGCGUCCGUACAAUUGCACUGCAUGCGAAAAAAAAUUCUCGUCUAAAAAAAUCCUUGUUCGACACAUGCACAUUCACACAAGCCAGCGACCGUACAAAUGCACCGUAUGUGGAAAAGAUUUCGUCGUUAUGGGUUACCUAACUAGACACAUGCUUACUCACACGAAUGAUUAUAGGUAUGAGUGUAAUGUGUGUGGAAAAGGAUUCAUAACCAGAUCACUCUUGGAAGACCAUGAAAACACACAUACAGACGAGCGACCAUACAAAUGUACCAUAUGUGGAAAAAAUUAUAAAGGUAAAGUAAAUCUUUCUCGACACAUGACUCGUCACACAAGCGUACGACCUCACAAAUGCCCGUUUUGCAAAAAAGGUUUUAUCACGAAUGCACACUUAUCCGAACACAUGCGUGUGCAUACUAAAGAUUACGAACAUAAGUGUGACGUGUGUGACAAAGGAUUCUUGUCCAGAUCACUCUUGGAAGACCACGAGCGUAGUCAUACAGGAGAGCGACCGUUCAAAUGCACCGUUUGUAGAAAAGAGUUUGUCAGCGAGAGUACUUUAAGGCAACACCAAAGUGAGUGCAAAUAUAAGUGCGAAGUGUGUGGCAAAGUCUUUCUCGAUGGUGUUUACCUCGCAAGACACAAACGCUUUCAUACAAACCAGAAGUUUAAAUGCACCAUAUGCGGGAAAGAUUAUAGCACUGCGUAUAUUCUCAACAUGCACAUGAAAAUUCACGUGGAUGGCUUCGAGCAUAAUUGCGAUAUGUGCGGCAAAGGAUUCCUAACCAGAUCACUCUUGAAAGACCAUGAAAACACACAUACAGGCGAGCGACCUUACAAAUGCACCAUAUGUGGAAAAGAUUAUAAAAGUAAAGUAAAUCUUUAUAUACACAUGCAAACUCACGCAAGCGAGCGACAGUACAAAUGCACCGUAUGUGGAAAAGACUUCGUCGUUAUGGUUUACCUAACUAAUCACAUGCUUACUCACACGAAUGAUUAUAGGCAUAAGUGUGAUGUGUGUGGCAAAGGAUUCUUAAGCAGAUCGCUCUUGAAAGACCAUAAGCACAGUCAUACAGGCGAGCGACCAUACAAAUGUACCGUAUGCGGAAAAGAUUAUGAAAGUAAAAAAAAUCUUUCUCAACACAUGAAAGCUCACACAAGCGAGGGACCUUACAAAUGCACCAUAUGUGGAAAAAAUUAUAAAGGUAAAGUAAAUCUUUCUCAACACAUGACUCGUCACAGAAGCGUACGACCUCACAAAUGCCCGUUUUGCAAAAAAGGUUUUACCGCGAAUACACACUUAUCCAAACACAUGCGUGUGCAUACUAAAGAUUACGAACAUAAGUGUGACGUGUGUGACAAAGGAUUCUUAACCAGAUCACUAUUGGAAGACCAUGAAAACACACAUACAGGCAAGCGACCAUACAAAUGCACCAUAUGUGGAAAAAAUUAUAAAGGUAAACUAAAUCUUUCUCAACACAUGAAACUUCACACCAACGAACGACCUUACAAAUGCGCUGUAUGUGGAAAAGAAUUUGCCAUUAAUGGUUACCUAAUUAGACACAUGUCUAUUCACCAAAAUGUGUACAAAUAUAAGUGCGAAGUGUGUGGCAAAGGCUUUCAUGAUGGUACUAAUCUUACAAAACACAAACGCCGUCAUACCUAAAUGAGCACAUGCCUAGCCACACGGCAACAGUGUGAUGUGGCGAAAGAUUCAAAGCCAGUCUGGUUUAGAAAGACCACGACCACAAUGCAAUCGGUAUUACAAACGCAUCGUAUUCGGAACCCUAGCGUAUGAAUAAUCUACAAGGCAAACUGUUACAUGUCACAUGUGCUACAAAUUUCAAAACGAAACAUGGUCUGACUGAACACAUGCGCCGUCAUACGACUUAAAGCUGCAUUUUCGCAGGCAACUUACAACUUCCGCGGCCAUUCGAAAAUGCUGUGUGGAGCUUACUCGAAAAGUCAUACCACGUAUCGCGGAACGAUAGUCGUAAUUAAAUGAUCUUGUGAACAUUUUCCAUAGACAUCCCACUAUGUAAUAACCAACAUAAUUGAGAAAUAAAUUGGACAUUAUUAGUUUCAAA